CUUCCGGGGUCUGUAGCUGGAGCGCCGGAGUAAGAGCAGGAUCAGCUGAACCUCAGAAGAAAUGAAGAAUAUUCUCCUGAAAUUCAUAUUUAAAUAAGAGCAAUGUUAAACUGCUGAAAGAGGUGAAGCAGAAGCCAUCCUGAAGAAUCUCCAGAACACACAGAAAUUGUUUGAUACAUUUAACUGACAAAUGAAGCCAAGUCUCGACAUGGAGAAACAUCAGCACUCUGUCAAGACUUUUACUCAACAGAGUAAUCUCAAAAAACACCAGCGCAUUCACACAGGAGAGAAACCGUAUCACUGCUCAGACUGUGGGAAGAGUUUUACUGCACAGAGUAAUCUCAAAAAACACCAGCGCAUUCACACAGGAGAGAAACCGUAUCACUGCUCAGACUGUGGGAAGAGUUUUACUAAACAGAGUACUCUCAAAAAUCACCAGCGCAUUCACACAGGAGAGAAACCGUAUUACUGCUCAGACUGUGGGAAGAGUUUUACUAAUCAGAGUAAUCUCAAAAGUCACCAGCGCAUUCACACAGGAGAGAAACCUUAUCACUGCUCGGACUGUGGGUUGAGUUUUACUCAACAGCAUACUCUCAAAAACCACCAGCGCGUUCACACAGGAGAGAAACCAUAUUCCUGCUCAGACUGUGGGAGUAGUUUUACUAAACAGACUACUCUCAAAAUGCACCAACGCAUUCACACAGGAGAGAAACCGUAUCACUGCUCAGACUGUGGGUUGAGUUUUACUCAACAGAGUACUCUGAAAAAUCACCAGCGCAUUCACACAGGAGAGAAACCGUAUUCCUGCUCAGACUGUGGGAGUAGUUUUACUAAACAGUGUACUCUCAAAAAACACCAACGCAUUCACACAGGAGAGAAACCAUAUCACUGCUCAGACUGUAGAAGGAGUUUUUCUGAACAGGGUAAUCUCAAAAAACACCAGCGCAUUCACACAGGAGAGAAACCGUAUUACUGUUCAUACUGUGGGAGGAGUUUUACUCAACAGAGUAAUUUCAAAAUACAUCAGCGCAUUCACACAGGAGAGAAACCGUAUCACUGCUCAGACUGUGGGAAAAGUUUUACUAAACAGAGUAAUCUCAAACUGCACCAGCGCAUUCACACAGGAGAGAAACCAUAUUACUGCUCGUACUGUGGGAGGAGUUUUACCACACAUAGUGAUCUCAAAAUACAUCAGCGCAUUCACACAGGAGAAAAACUGUAUCACUGCUCAGACUGUGGGAAAAGUUUUACUCAACAGGGUCAUCUCAAAAAACACCAGCGCAUUCACACAGGAGAGAAAACUAUUGCAAAUUUGUUCCACGGCAAUUAAAAGAGCAAAUCAUCUUUAGAACAGAACACCUUAUCCUACACAAAUGUUUCACUUUGUCACUUAGGACAUGUUCCACCAGAAACAAACAUGAACUGAAUUUAACAAUGGAUUGUACAGGUUCAGCAAAAGGUUGCAGGCUCAUUCACUCCCUCUGCUGGUGUUCUCGUUUGUCUAUGGUUCAGUCUGAUUUAAAAUCUGUUACCAUAGAGGGAUAAAGAUGAAUAUUUGGUUGCGUUUUAAUACUCAAGUUUUAUACUCUCUAAUCAUUCCCUUAUUGAAUAUUAUAUGUUGCUGAAGGUUUUUUUUAUCCUCCAAAUUUACUAAGAACAUCCAAAUCAUGUAGUUUCUUAAUGGUUUUUAUCCACUACAAACUAUUAUCUUUGUAUUGCUUCACCUCUAUAUUUACUCAUCUGUGUUUUAAUAAAUGGAUUUUAUAAUGCA